CGCGGGGCUGGCGGAAAAAGUUGCUGCGAGCGGAGCGCGGUGGCUGCGGGCCCGGCCGGACCAUGGACGAUCUGGAUGCUUUGCUAGCGGACCUGGAGUCUACCACCUCUCACAUCUCCAAACGGCCAGUGUUCUUGUCGGAGGAAACACCCUAUUCCUAUCCAACUGGAAACCAUACAUACCAGGAGAUCCCAGUGCCCCCACCUGUGCCACCCCCUCCUUCCAGUGAAGCCCUGAAUGGAACUGUGAUUGACCCUUUAGACCAGUGGCAACCCAGUGUCUCCCGAUACAUCCACCAGCAAUCUCCAAUACAAAUCUCAUUUCCUCAGCCUCAGUCCCAGUCUCCUGUGUACAGCUCCAGUGCCAAAAGUUCCAGUGCCUCUGUUCCCCGAGAGAGUGUCUGCUCUUCUUCCUCACGUGCCAGUGAAGAGGAGCACGUCUACAGUUUUCCCAACAAGCAGAAGUCUGCAGAACCAUCUCCCACCAUGAUGAGCUCUUCAUUGGGCAGCAACCUGUCAGAACUGGACCGACUACUCCUAGAACUGAACGCUGUUCAGCACAAUCCCCCUAGUGGCUUCCCAACAGAUGAAGCCAGCAGGAGCCCCUCCCUGCCCAGUGGGACUGGACCUCACUAUGUUGUCCCAGAGAGCACUAGCUCUUCGGGGGUGAAGGCAGUACCCGCUACAAAAGAGAAGCCAAAGCGGAAUGGAGGGCGUGGGAUUGAGGAUGUGCGUCCCAGUGUGGAGAGCCUUUUGGAUGAACUGGAGAGCUCUGUGCCAAGUCCAGUCCCUGCCAUCACCGUGAACCAGGGUGAGGUGAGCAGCCCACAGCGGGUCACCUCCAGCCAGCAGCAGACUCGCAUAUCUGCUUCUUCAGCCACAAGAGAACUGGAUGAGCUGAUGGCAUCUCUCUCUGACUUCAAGGCUGUUUCCACUAUGUCACUGAUUUCUGAACCCUCCCUGGAGCUGCUUUCCAGCCCAACAAAUCCAGACUCAAUCGACUCUCCUCCUGGUACAGUUCUGCUUCCCCAGUCAAAACCCCAUGGGACAGGCCAGAGCAGGGACCUACCAGCCCUGCUGCCACCUGCCGCCUUGGAAGUCCUUCAUAUUGAAGAAGGCAGCAGCAGCGCUGCAGUUGCAGCUAAUCCAGGACGUUCUGCCACUACUCCACAGCUCUCCUCUGUGGCUCGGAUGAGUCAGUCACUUCCAGAGGACUUUGCUAUUUCUGCUCCUUUUGGGGAUCAUGUGCUUUCUCGGAGCUCAGUCAGGCCGAGCAAAAAGUCAGAUCCUCCUAGAGAGAUGUCCCAGUCCAUGAUAUCCUCCAAGACGGAAUCUCUGUCUGUUCCUUCUAAUGCAGAGGCCCACAGUCAGGGGCUUGAUGAGGCAAAAGCCACUGAAAAGAAGGAGCAUAGAACUGAGACCAAGCUCACAACUGUUCCCAUUUCUAGCCCGAGCAUAACCAGCCAAGUGAAGGGGCAGACACCCAAGGAAUCGGCACAGCAGGCCAUUUUCAGGGAUAAUUCAGCCUUUCCUUCCCAGAAGGAUGGAAAAAUGGAAGCAGCUUUAGAUCAGCUGUGGGCUCUGGAGCUAUCUGAGCUUAUACCAGAGCUAUAUUCUGAGAAUGACCAUGUCUUGCAGUCAGCAUGUGAACCUGAGAUUGUGGCUGUGGACCGAUGGGAUGUCUUCCCAGAUACUAAAGGCCAGUUGGGUCUUGGAACAGAACAAGGACAGAAGCAGGAUGCUGAAAUUGAGCAUGAAAGCAGGACAGAUGACUCUCCUGAUAUGGCUAAAAAGAGGCAGAGCAGAGAGAGAACUCCUAGGAAAGUUGGCCCUACUAAAAGCAAGCCCGGAGAAGACCGGGGAAGAGAGCAAGUCAGAAGCUCAACAGUCACUCCAGAAACCGCUGAAAAUGCUUGGAAGGAUGAAUUGGAUCUGCUGUCUGUCUCCAAGCCACCUAUUGAGAGGAUUUCUGCAUCAGGCCAGAUAAAAUCUGUAAUUGAGAGGACAAGAAAGACCUUAAACGUGCACCCAAUGUAUCGUGAGCGCUCAUCGAGGCGGAAAGUAGGGCCAGUCAUAUUUCAUAAGACUGUGUCCCAGGAUCGCUUGAUUGAAGAGCUGCAAGACAGAUUGGGAAUCAGCAAACAGGAAGAGGAUGAAUGGAAAAGCCAGGAAGACUGGCUGACUGAGGGAGUCAUUGUCACCGCCAGGCCACAAAGGAAGCAGCAGGAUGGUAGACAGCAAGUACAGAAGAUUAUAAUUCCUCCAGAAUCCCCCCUGCCCAUGAGAAGAACAGUCUCUGCGCCAGCUUCUCCCCAACUCCAGUGUCCCAAAGAAGCUGCCAAGAUUUUCCCUGCCAAAGCUGCUUCCUCUUCUCACCCUAUUCCCUCGUCACUCCCUCCACCUCCUCCUCCAUACCCACCACAACCUUCCUAUGUAUCCUCUGCUACUGCUCCUAGUCCAGUCUCCUGCUACUUCAGCUUGCCUCCCCAGCCUCUAUUCCAAUGGGAGACUUCCUCUGAUGACUACCAGGAACUCUCUGUGGUGGGCACUCCUCCCUCUGAAGAACAUAGAUUCCUCCAUUCUCCCCAAGCCCAGAUUCCUCCUGCCAUGCUGACUGAGCCAAUGGUAGCGUCUUCUCCUGCCAAGACACUAUCUUCUGUUGGCUGUCAGACUGAUGAAGAUCCAUUCUUCCCACCGAUGCAGGUGAUCCCUACUCCGCCGCUGGUCCGACGCACCAAUCCACUUGCUGCUCGGCCACCCCUUGUGCCGCCCACCCAUGAGAAGUUUAUGGCCCAGGGGAAAGCUGGGGGCAGCUCCCCUCCAUCUGCACUCCCAAAACCUGGCAGCCAGUUGGACAGUAUGUUGGGAAGCCUCCAGUCUGACCUGAACAAAUUGGGAGUAGCUACUGUUGCCAAAGGUGUUUGUGGAGCCUGCAAGAAACCAAUUGCUGGACAGGUCGUCACAGCCAUGGGGAAAACCUGGCACCCAGAGCACUUCGUUUGCACCCACUGCCAGGAGGAAAUCGGGUCACGCAACUUUUUUGAACGUGAUGGUCAGCCCUACUGUGAGAAGGACUAUCAUAAUCUCUUCUCUCCUCGCUGCUACUACUGCAACGGGCCCAUCCUCGAUAAAGUGGUGACAGCUCUGGACAGGACAUGGCACCCAGAACACUUCUUUUGUGCACAGUGUGGUGCUUUCUUUGGACCUGAAGGGUUUCAUGAGAAGGAUGGCAAAGCCUAUUGCCGCAAGGAUUACUUCGACAUGUUUGCUCCAAAGUGUGGGGGCUGCGCCCGGGCCAUUCUGGAAAAUUACAUCUCUGCCUUGAAUACCCUGUGGCACCCUGAGUGCUUUGUCUGUCGGGAAUGUUUCACUCCGUUCAUCAACGGCAGCUUCUUUGAGCAUGACGGGCAGCCCUACUGUGAGGUGCACUAUCAUGAACGCCGCGGCUCGCUGUGUUCCGGCUGCCAGAAGCCCAUCACAGGACGCUGCAUCACUGCCAUGGCCAAGAAAUUUCACCCAGAACACUUUGUCUGUGCCUUCUGCCUCAAGCAGCUGAACAAAGGAACCUUCAAGGAACAGAAUGACAAGCCCUACUGUCAGAACUGCUUCCUCAAACUCUUCUGCUAGACACAUCCUAGCUGGGAACGCAGCAUCUUUCUGCCACCUCACUAGGCAGCCGAGUCUCUCUGACCAUUACUGUGAUUUAGAAACCUUGCUGGGGCGGGAGGGGGUGGGGGAGGGUGCUAAUUGCUGCUCCAGAGAGACGAGAUGGACCAUUAAACUGGAAAUGCCCAUGCUGUGUUUCAGUGGGGAGAUGCUGAGCCCCGUCACUGAAGUGUUGUAUGAUUGUUGACAGCCGAGAGGAGCCUGAGGCUCUAGCGAGGAGAUGCCUUUCUCGAGGAGAGGGCUGGAUAAAGUCUGUUGAGUUCAGCCUUGAUUCACCUCUGUGAGCCAACAUGUGACACUUCCAAACAAAACAUCCUGGGCUUUGGUGACACUUCUCUCUCGCUGGGGCAUUUAAGUGCUGUGUGACCCAGGCAGUAGCUCUGCUGCCUCUGCAUUGCCCGGGCUGUGCAUGGUCGAGUCCUGGGGCACACAGGAUUUACUAAGAUUACAGCAGCAGCCCCAGAAGCUGUAAAGACCCUGCAGUGGAGUCUUUCCAGUUCAGUAACACUGCAGGGAAUUGAUGCCACUUAUUUUUAGAAAGGGGGAGUAGGGGCCUACUCUCUUUCUCUAGUUUGUGAUUCUCUCCCCCUCCUCAACACACUGGGGCAGGAGGUGGGGGGAAGAAAACCCCCUCCCUGCUUGAAUGGAGUGUCCCAUGUUGUGCUAGACACCCCCAACUCCCCAGGAGUGGUUAGAGCAAAUGCUCCUAAUUCUGCUGCUCCUGGGAGAGAGGAGGAGACUGGCACCAGUUAAUUUUAAAAGAAAAUGCAGAGAAAUUUGAGGGCCUGGCCCAGCCCUCCCCUCUGAGCGAAUGUGGCUUAUGCUGUGUGUCUGGCCUGCAUUUUACUAAGGGAAAGGCCUGAAAAGCCUCUCUAGGUUUUUUGUUUUUUUUUUUAAAGCAAGGAAAAAAUAAAGCUAUAGACUUUGUAUUCCUUGUUCAUCUUCCUCUUUGCUAAUCAGGCCAGCAGUCCCCUCUUCUUUGAUACUGUCCUUUUCCUUGCUCUUGAUAAACAUGUUCUACUGAGAAUCUCUAGAGCAAUAACCUUUUAUAUUGACUUACUGGUCUAACAAGUCCCUGAGAUCUGGUGUAUGUGACACUUGGAGUUUUGCUAUCGAACUGAAUACUGUAUGCUUUGAUAAAAACUGUGGAUUUCUACACUGAGGUUUGAAUUCAUAACUUACUUACUUUUAAUCCUCUUGGUUCUGAAGUGAUUUUAAGAAAGCUACUUUUUAUAUCUCAAACUGUGCUGUUCUAGGCAGUGUACCAGUUGUGCUGGUUACUGCACCUGUAACCUCAAUGCUUGGGUUUAACAAACUGUUAACACGAAGUAUUUUCUUUUUAGUGGGGGUUGGGAGGGGUCUGGGUUUUGCAGGGGAAGGGAAUGUGACUUGUAUUUUUUUCUAGCAAAAGCAGGUGAGCUGUGAAUAGCUCUUUUAAUUUUCACAGAUCACCUGGAAAGUUUAUUUUGUAACCUGUAAACUGCUGUAUUUGAUUUACCUGCCUUUCUCCAAAGCCUAACUUCCAGGGUAAUAUAGUGAGUCUUAAUUCAGUGCCACAUGCUGCUGAGAUGGAGAACUCAAAGUCCACCCUCAUGGUUUUAUUCCUCUUCAGCCAUCAGAAAUGAGAGCAGAGGGUUAACUCGGGAAGGGGAGUUCUCCCCUUAGGUGGGAAGGAUGGUCCUGGGGCUAAAGAAAAGAGCUGGGAGUCAGGAGAUCUGGAAUCUGGUCUUGACUCUGCCACAGACUUGCUGUGUAACCUUAGGCCAGUCACUUAGCCACUCUGUGCCUCAGUUUACCCAUCUGCAAAAUGGGGCAAUAUUCCUGCCUUGUAGGAUUUUGAGGUUUAGUUCAUUUUGUCAAAGGCACUUUCAGAUCUUCAGAAGGAGGGUGCUGUAGAAGGACAAAGGAUUGUGUUAGAAACAACCCUACAGUGUUCUACACUAAUGGCCAAAGUGGUGCAGUGGGGAAGAGGGUUUUAAAAUAUGACUCUAGAAUAUUAUAGAUCUUUGGUUAUUAAGGCAUGGCACAUUAGGGGGUUACAGUGUUCAAAAUGGAAAAGGCAUAGGGAGUUCUGGGAUUAACUGUGUAAGAAACAAACCCUCACGUUAACCGAGGGAUCCUAGCUUACUAUUUUAAAUAACCUUAGCUCAAUGCUUCACUACCCCACUUGAAUAAGUGGAACUGUUUUUCACUGGUUUCCCAUACAAAUGAGCCUCAGUCUGUGGUUGUGAAAGCAGGGUUUUGUGGAACAAGUGGUAAAACAAAGCUACUCCAGCUGGGCUGAACAUAGCUUUUGGAAAGUUCACAAGGCAAGAAACUGUCUAAAUUGUCAUUUUGGAGUUGAAAUUAGUUUUACUUAAAAUUGGGAUUUCUGAACUUCCUGCUAAAUUGACACUUGUUCUGACCCCGCUGGUUGGAAGAACGGUCCUGUGUCCAGUGCACAGGACUUGGAGUGGCUCUGCCAUUACCUUCUGUGCCUCAGUUUCCUUAUCUGUAAAAUUGGGAUAAUACUUAACCUACCUCACUGGGGUGUUGAGGCUUAAUUCAGAGAUAUUUCUGAUGGGGCUUUGAGACCCUUGGAGGGAAGGUGCUGUAGAAGGGGAAAAUCUUGUUACAGUAUCCCAGUGUCAGAGCAAAACCAUUUCAUCCCCUUUUUAAUAAUGGUUUAAGAGUCUCCAUGACCAUUACUGCCUUAGCAAAAUGUUGAGUGCUUUCCUGAUAAAUUGGGAUUUAAACUGGUUUGGGGAUGGCUCCUCUGCUCAUUGCUGCCUCCAAAUGUUACUUUCCCUCAGAAUGGCUGCUGCCAGUAGGAGGGUCAGAAAUACCCAUUUUAAAUUUCCGAAUUUCAAGUACAGUUUAGACUUGAACAUUUGAAAUGCUGUACAGAGCAAACUGGGGAAAGGGAUGUGUUAAGAUCGCCCUGGGUGAUUAGCAAGCAGACUUCACAGAUACUGAUGGUGCUAAAGUGCAGACCAGCAAGUUGUACUACUGCAGCGUUGCAGGUAGUGGGAUGUGUUCCAAGGAGUGGUUGGGGAGAGGUUAGGCGAGAAUGUGCCUUGGGAAGGCUG